UUCAUAUACGAACAGUCGCGUGCGGACAGAUCAGGAGGGCGGAUGAGGGGGUCCUUUCCGGCCGCUUCUCUCUCUCUCUCUCUUCUGCCUGAGAAUUUGCAGAGAAAGAGGAUCAUGAAGUAGGGGCGGAGCCGUAGGGUUUGGUUAGUAGGGGGCCUCUGCAACCAUGAGUGCCGAAGAGCUCCCCAAUGGCGGAAAGAAAGAGAACAGAGACGAAUUUGGCGCGAACUCUAACGGGGAUGUGCUGUCCCCCCCUGAUCAACUUGUUGCUCAGAAAGACCGAGAAAUCGAAGAGCUGAAGAAGAAGUUAACAUCUCUUGAGGCACAACACUUGGACCUGCGCACUCUGGUCGAAGAGCAGACUUUCAAGAUGAUGUCUGCCAUUGAAUCGAGCGAGGAAUCCGAACGGAGGGCGGCUACAACUAGUUUCAGGUUGGAAGCAACACUGGAGGAACUCGGCCGAGCUAACUCUACUGUGGGUGAUCUCCAGCAGGAGCUGAGGAUGCUCAAGUCAGUGGCUUCGAGGGCGACUGAACUUGAGACCCAAGUCGCGCGCCUGCAGCACGAUCUGAACAUCGCCAUGAACGAGAGGGAUGAAGUCUCGACAGGGUUUCAGGAGAUGAGAAGCGCAUUUGAGGCCAUGAAGAACACUGCCAAUGCAAAGGACUCGGUGAUUAGAGGCCUCAAAUAUGAAAGGGAUUCCUUGAAGGAGCAGAAGGAGGAGCAGGAUCAGAAGUUGGAAGUUAUCAUGAAGGAGUUGGAGAAGAGCUUGCUCGAAUCGAAGUCCAAGUUGGAGGAGGAGAAACGUUCUCUGGAGACAGCCAACGACAAAUUGAAGUUCUUAGAGGACAAAAGCAAAGAUCAGGAAGAGAAGGUGAGGUCCCUUGAGACUCAGGCAAGACAGAGUGAGAUCGAGCGAGAAAGAGCCGCUCAGGUUUGUGCUGAAAAGCAAGUGAAAGUCGGUCAGUUGUCUAGGGAAUUGGAUGAAUUGAGAUCUCAGUUGGAGAAAUCUUUGAAUGAGAAAAGGGCAACUGAAGAGCAAUCUAUGCGAAAUGAGCUAAAACGGAGGGAAGAAAAUGAAAUGGUGAGGAAGAAGUUAGAUAUUGAAGUGGAGACGUCCAGAUCGAAGCAGGGGGAGAUAAUGGCGUUGGAGAAGGCAGUCAGUGAGCUUAGUUCUAAACUGGAAGCGACUGAGAUGGAGAGGAAAAGCCUGAUCGAGAAACUUGAAUGCAGUGAGAAUGGCGCUAUCAAAGGAAUCCCUGUCCAAGAUGAUCUUGGGAAAAUUUUCUGGCCGGCAGCUGCAGUAGCAUCUACCGGGACAUUGGCAGCUGCUGCCUUCAUGGUCUAUCUCAAAUACUCUAGGGAGAGGUAGGCAGUUUCUUUACCCUUCUCCUGGGUUUUUUGAGCAUGUAACAUUUGAAAGAGCUAUUGUGUAUCUAAUAGCAAAGCAGUAUAUUGCUUGAACUAGAAGUGCUGACUAACUAAAGGGUUUGAUUUACUUCUUCAAGGAAACUGCUAGUAUUAUUGAUAUUA